ACAUGUAAACAUUUAAACAUGUAAACAUUUAAACAUUUAAACAUUUAAAUAUUGUAUCAUUUGAACAUAAAAUAGUCAACAUUUGAUCAAUAUUUGAUUGAAAAAAAUAAAUAAAAAGGAAUAAAUAAAUUAACGAAGGAACCCAACAUAACACUGAACCUGUGCAGCCGACGCUAUUGCAACGGACGCACCAUUACACUGAAUCUGUGCGACGCUCCUGAAACAAACGCACCAUGGUUGAGCUGUCAGUUUUUUUUCCACUCGCGCGUGUUUGAUCGUGUCCGUUUCGGUGUUGGCGGUGUUGGCUGUAUCCUCGUGAUUUGGCAACUUUUGGCGUUAGUUAAGGUGUCCAACGAGCAACCGAAGGAAGUUGGACAGAUCCGCUGAGGGACGGAAUCGGGUCCGCUCCGCAAGGCGAAAAGUUUUAAGCAUCUUUGUAGUGAAGCUGUUUGUUUGCGGAAAAAUCCAACUUGAAGGAGGAAUACGACUGGAACUCGUCUACUUCGUGCGAGGACGGCCAACAUGGACAGCUGGCGCCGAUCUCGGCCGGAUGACGAACCAAGUACGACCGACUGGCGCAUUGGUUCCGGAACUGGCGGUGGGGGCAACGGACUGUCGACGAGUCUGUCCGGGUCUAGCUUGCGGGACAAGUGGUCCAGCUCAACGAGUUGGCGCGAAGAGGAGAGUUUCAUAGGCGAUGGGCCUGGAGGGCGGCCACUGCAUUCGUCGUCAGCGGGCGGUGGCUACAAACCUCGGAUGUCGGCUCUAAGCGGCGGAGAUCUCAACACGAGUGGAGGACCGGGAGGUGGCCUACGGCGUCACUGGGACGCCGAUGAUCAACUGCCGGAGAACCCGUCGGAUUACGGAGGUAGCUUAGACGCGAGUGGACCAUUCCAUGACUCGGACAACGACAUUGACGGGCGGCUGGAGGACGAUGGCGGGAAGGAGAAUCACGUGGAUCAUCGCUAUCACCAUGAACGCAAGGAAGGUUCGUCCGGUGGCAGUUCACGAAGAAGCGUCCCAUCGUCCAAGGAAGGUAGUGCUGCGAAGGAAGACUUGCCCAACCAUGCUGCUUCGUCGGAGAAAGCCUCGGAAGAGGUGGACCCAGGCAGCAAAAAGAAGUCUGAACCGGUACGGAACGCAACGGCGGAUGAAAAGCCUCCAAAAGCCAGCGAAUCGGAAUCCCGGCGUCCCGCACCUGCUGCAACUACUCCCAAAACACCUUGAGCUGAAAAGUGGGACGAGUUGGCAAGGUUGCGAACCCGUUCCCGGUGUUGAAUGACCAGAUCCAAUGAGUGACCGAUCCGGAAUAGCGACGAGGAGUGCUUUUGAGUGAGUAUUGGGAGGGUUAUUAUUUUUUUGCUUGGAAACUUUUACACCGCAGCAACACUCAUUUUUUAUUGUAGAUCAUUGCGAUAUAAAUCUGAUUAGAUUUUUACUCGAUGUUGUUUUUAGGCGUAUUUCCACCGUGAAUUAUGGGGAGCUGCUCGUUAGCGCUCAAGGUCAACCAUCGAACGCAGCAACAGAUCCGGCACCGGCUGUGCUUCGGGAUCGACCGAAAGUAUCACGAGGCCACCUUCGCAGAAGUAAAGCCCCCCAAAAGUAUGUUUAAUUAGGUUUAUGAAUUUUCAGCACCAUUUCAAUAAAUUUUCCUUUUUAUAACAGCAAAUCCAGUCACGUGAAGGCAGAAAUGAUUACUGUGAGGUUCAUUCUGACGAUGGUUGCGCAGAAAAGAAGUCGAUAUCAUGGAGUACCCGAAGUAGUUCCGUAUCUGCGUUUUCUGUCGACAUCAACGAGGAAGAGAAAUCACUGUGACCAAUCAACGGAAGAAACUCAUCAUCUACCGAAGAGGAGCUUUGACAGAUCGAGAGGUUGAAGUUUGAAUUAUGGAAGAAAACGUCGAAAGGAAUCAAACGUUUCGGUGGGAUCGCCGGGACCAAGAAUCAAAAUGAAACUAAAUUAAAUUAAUACAUUAUAAAGUAGGGAGAGAAAAGUGCAAUAAUAACACUAAAAUGUAAUAUAACACUAUUGUAGAUAAUAUAAGAAAUACAGAAAAAAAAACAAUAAAAAUACACUGAAACAUACGGUAUUUAUUAUUUAUUUCAAUGUAAAGGUAUAGUCAAAACAGUACUCUUUAUAAGAGAACUAAUCAUAAAGAACUAUAAAUUUACUGUGGAAUCCUCUGUAAUGCUUGUUGUUUUUAUUAUAAAUGUAUGAUGUUUUCUAUAGUCAGGGCAAGUUUUUAAAUGAAAAAUGCAACAUUAGAUUAACAGUAAAAUGCGUCGUAUUUGGAAAAAAAAUGUAUGGAAAAAUUUCGAAAUUUUUAUGGUACCGGUGCAUAACAACCCCCCUUUUUUAUGGUAAAGUCCCAAAAUACGACGCAAAUUAUCUUAAAAAACGAUACUGUCUACUGUUAAAUCACUGUCAAAAUGACAAUAUAUUUUAUCGUUUUGUAACGUUAAAAUUUACUGUAAGUUCAUCAGAAAUCUUUAU